AUGUGGGGAGUUGACUUCAUGGGACCUUUCCCAUCUUCCUAUGGAAACCUAUACAUUUUGGUGGCUGUCGACUACGUAUAUAAGUGGGUAGAGGCUUUGGCCAGUCCCACUAAUGAUGCAAAGGUCGUUCUGAAGAUGUUCAAGUCAGUGAUCUUCCCUCGAUUUGGCGUGCCAAGAGUUGUUAUAAGCGAUGGAGGCACAACUGGGAAGGAUUGGGCUGCAAAGUUAGAUGAUGCACUAUGGGCCUAUCGAACUGCCUACAAGACUCCUCUUGGUACGACACCGUUCAACCUAGUCUAUGGCAAGGCUUGUCACCUGCCUGUUGAGUUAGAGUACAAGGCUGCGUGGGCAGUAAAGCAUAUGAACUAUGACAUGUCUGCGGCAGAGAGGAGGAACAUGCAGUUGGUGGAGCUUGACGAGAUUAGACACCUGGCCUAUGACAGUUCGAAAAUCUACAAGGAGCGGACUAAAGCUUAUCACGACAAGAAGAUCCUGAAAAUGAACUUUUCCCAAGGAGAUCAAGUCCUACUGUUUAAUUCUAGGCUGAAGUUAUUUCCUGGAAAUCUGAAAUCAAGGUGGCAUGGGCCCUUUGUUAUCAAGGAAGUCAGACCAUAUGGAGCUUUUGAGCUAUGGGAUAAGUCAGGUGGACAUUUCGUGGUAAACGGUCAACGCCUCAAGCCAUACCUUGCUGAUACCGACAUCACAGAGAGGGAUCUGUUCCUCUCAAUGAUCAGGAAACGGAUCGGAUCGGGUCGACCUGCCCAUCGAUCGAGCUUACGUGCUCAAGCUCGACCGAAAAUUUCCAAGGAGUACUACAGAUCAAGGCGAAUUGGGAGUUAG